GGUUGAGGCUGCACUUCCCUGUGCUGGUGCGAGGCCUCACGGCGCAGUCAGCAGCUAAGGCCCAGCUGGGGCUGGGGCACAGCUACUCCCGGGCCAAGGUCAAGUUCAACGUGAACCGCGUGGACAACAUGAUCAUCCAGUCCAUCAGCCUCCUGGACCAGCUGGACAAGGAUAUCAACACCUUCUCCAUGCGCGUGCGAGAGUGGUAUGGGUACCACUUCCCUGAGUUGAUCAAGAUUGUCCCCGAGAACUCCAUGUACUGCCGAGUGGCCAAGUUUAUCGGGAACCGGCGGGAGCUGAGCCAGGACAGCCUGGAGGGCCUGGAGGAGAUCGUCAUGGACAGCGCCAAGGCCCAGGCCAUCCUCGAGGCCUCACGCUCAUCCAUGGGGAUGGACAUCUCCCCCCUGGAUCUCAUCAACAUCGAGAGCUUCUCCCGCCGCGUUAUCUCGCUGUCAGAGUACCGUAAGGGGCUGCAGGAGUAUCUGCGCUCCAAGAUGAGCCAGGUGGCACCCAGCCUCUCGGCCCUCAUCGGGGAGGUGGUGGGUGCUCGCCUGAUCUCCCACGCCGGCAGCCUGACCAACCUGGCCAAGUACCCUGCGUCCACGGUGCAGAUCCUGGGGGCCGAGAAGGCUCUCUUCGGGGCUCUGAAGACGCGAGGGAACACCCCCAAGUAUGGACUAAUUUUCCACUCCACGUUCAUUGGGCGAGCAGCUGCCAAGAACAAGGGUCGCAUCUCGCGCUACCUCGCCAACAAGUGCACCAUCGCCUCCCGCAUCGACUGCUUCUCGGAGAUCCCCACCAGUGUGUUCGGGGACAAGCUGCGGGAGCAGGUGGAGGAGCGUUUGGCCUUCUACGAGACCGGGGAGCCCCCCAGGAAGAACCUGGACGUGAUGAAGGAGGCUGUGGUGGAGGCCAACGAGGUGGUGGCUGAGGUGAAGAGGAGACAGGAGAAGAAAGAGAAGAAGAGGAAGAAGCGGGAGAAGCGGCGGCUGGAGGCACUGGCAGCAGCUGCUGAGGAAGCAGAGGAGAACUCUGUGAUGGAGACAGAGGAGAAUGAUGUGGUCAAGAAAAAGAAGAAGAAAAAGAAGCAGCAGCAGGAGGAGUUGGAGGCAGAGGCUGAGCCUGAGGAGAAUGGGCUAGAGGAGGAGGAGGAAGAAGAGCCUUUGCCCAAGAAGAAAAGGAAAAUUGAGGCUGUCCCCUCCUGCCUGUGCGGUGUAGGGGGACAGGACCUGCCCCAAUAA